CUCCCUCUUCAGUUUGACGCUGUGCCCCCCAUAAACCGAAUCCCAAUCGUCAAUUGAUAUCGCUUCGCAACGUCAUUCACGAUGCAGGCCAUUCGAACGCGGGCUGUCUGCAUCGCGCGUCAGUCACGGCUGACUGGCCUGCGCCAAUCGAGAUCCUACGCUUCUGGAGGCGACCACGGCCACCACGCCCACACCGUCGAGGAGCCCAUCGGAGGCUUUUUCUGGGCCGUGGUCGCGAUCAUCCCCUCCGCAUAUGUCGUCUAUAAGAUCACCGCUCCCGGUCAGAACGGCGAGGCGCCGUACUUGACAAAGAAGAUCCAGGAGUACGCCCACUGGCAGGAGACAUGGAAGGAAAGGAACGCACUACACACAAAGGCCGUUGAGCAAGCCGGAUUCGACAGGCUGCUCUUCUUCUCCACCCCUGCGAACCGCGACGUUGACCUCAGAUUCCCCGAGGCGCUGUCUAACCAUGCCGCGCGCAAUGUCGUCGCUGGUUCCCAGACCAACCUGGACCACGUGAUCGCCCACUACAAGAAGCAGCAUCUCGACGAGGAGGAGCGGAAAGUACAGAAGCUUGCUGCACAGAAGCAGGUAUGAGCGAGAGGUGGUGUAUGAAUACCGUUACCUAGAUUAAGCCGAGGUUGAAUCAAGCUUUC